CGAGUAGGUGGGGCCUACUCUGAGGGGAAGAUGGCGGCACGAGCAGCGUCGGUGUUGGGUUUGCUCGGUGGGCGGCGGGGCCUGGGGCUGGUGGCGACUCGAGCUCCCGGCUCUGCCCUGGGCAUGGGCCGCGUCCCCGGUCGGCGACUGGCAUCGGGUGGCAUUCCUACUGACGAGGAACAGGCGACAGGACUGGAAAAGAUAAUUAUGCAGGCUAUGAAAACCGGGAAGGAUCCAUACAACGUACUGAAACCAAAGGAGUAUGCUGGGACAAAGAGUGAUCCUCACAUUGUCCCAUCAAUCACCAACAAGAGGCUGGUGGGCUGUGUGUGUGAGGAGGACAACACUUCUGUCAUCUGGUUCUGGCUUCACGAUGGCGAGACUCAACGCUGUCCGUCUUGUGGGGCCUAUUACAAGCUUGUACCUCACCAACACUGAAUGAAUCUUACUGCAUGGUUCGGGACCCAAUGUUGAUCACUCCUAGGGGCAGCUUGCCCACUAGUGUACUGUAUUGUUUACAGAAAUAUAAAUAUUAAAUGAAUCUUACAUCCACAA